GAGCGGAGGAGCGGCGCCCGGCGGCGGCAGGCGGGUACAAGAAUAUACAAGGCUUCAGCCUGAAACCACACAUAGCAAACAUGAAUGACGUGUCACAGAAGGCAGAGAUUCUGCUUUCUUCAUCUAAACCUGUCCCCAAAUCCUAUGUGCCAAAACUCGGCAAGGGAGAUGUAAAGGAUAAAUUUGAAGCCAUGCAGAGGGCCAGGGAAGAAAGAAAUCAAAGGCGAUCUAGAGACGAAAAGCAAAGAAGAAAAGAACAAUAUAUUAGAGAAAGAGAAUGGAACAGGAGAAAGCAGGAGAUUAAAGACAUGCUCGCUUCUGAUGAGGAAGAAGAGCCGUCUAAAGUAGAAAAGGCUUAUGUCCCAAAGCUCACAGGGACGGUUAAAGGUAAAUUUGAUGAAAUGGAGAAACACAGACAGGAAGAACAAAGGAAGAGAACAGAAGAGGAGAGAAAACGCAGAAUUGAGCAGGAUCUGUUAGAAAAGAGGAAAAUACAGCGUGAAUUAGCAAAAAGAGCUGAGCAGAUUGAGGACAUAAACAAUACGGGAACCGAGUCCGCAUCAGAGGAAGGAGAUGACUCACUCCUUAUAACAGUGGUCCCUGCCAAAUCAUACAGAGCAGCUGCAAACAGGAAGGAUCUUGAGGACCUGGACAGAGAACACAGGAAUGGAAGGAUUAGUCAGGAAGAAGAAAAGAUAAGACAUGAAGAAGAGUGCAGAGCUCUCAAAGAAGCAAAAUGCCUUUCAUUGGUCAUGGAUGAUGAAACAGAGGCCAAAAAAGAAUCACGUUUUCCUGGAAAAUUGAAAUCAACUUUUGAAGAACUGGAACGACAAAGACAAGAAAACCGCAAGAAGCAAGCAGAAGAGGAAGCGAGACGGCGCUUAGAAGAAGAGAGGCGUGCCUUUGAGGAAGCAAGGCGGAACAUGGUAAACGAGGAGGAUGAAAGCCAAGACACAGAAACGGUUUUUAAAGAGUACCGCCCAGGAAAACUCCGACUCAGUUUUGAGGAAAUAGAAAGGCAAAGGAGAGAAGAGGAAAAACGAAAGGCCGAGGAGGAGGCGCGAAGGAGGAUGGAGGAGGAGAAGAAGGCAUUUGCUGAAGCCAGGAGAAGCAUGGUAUUAGAUGAUGAUUCCCCAGAGAUUUAUAAAGCAGUCUCUCAAGAAUCUCUAACGCCUGGAAAACUGGAAAUUAAUUUUGAACAAUUAUUGAGACAAAAAAUGGAAGAAGAAAGACGACGAACAGAGGAAGAACGGAGGCAAAACCUAGAAAUGGAGAAACAGGAAUUUGAACAACUGAGACAAGAAAUGGGAAAGGAAGAAGAAGAAAAUGAAAGCUUUGGGUUGAGUAGAGAAUAUGAAGAAUUAAUUAAAUUAAAAAGGAGUGGUUCAAUUCAAGCUAAAAAUCUAAAAAGCAAGUUUGAAAAAAUUGGACAGUUGUCUGAAAAAGAAGUACAGAAAAAGAUAGAAGAAGAGAGAGCAAAAAGGAGAGCAAUUGACCUUGAAAUUAAAGAGCGAGAAGCAGAAAACUUCCAUGAGGAUGAUGAUGUUGAUGUAAAACCUGCAAAGAAGAGUGAGUCUCCCUUUACUCACAAAGUGAACAUGAAAGCCAGAUUUGAACAAAUGGCUAAGGCAAGACAAGAAGAAGAGCAAAGGAGAAUUGAAGAACAGAAGUUACUGCGGAUGCAGUUUGAACAGAAAGAAAUCGAUGCAGCACUUCAGAAAAAAAGAGAAGAUGAUGAGGAAGAAGAAGGUAGCAUUGUUAAUGGCUCUACUACUGAAGAUGAAGAGCAAACCAGAUCAGGAGCCCCAUGGUUCAAAAAGCCACUAAGAAAUACCUCAGUUGUAGACAGUGAACCAGUGAGAUUCACUGUUAAAGUGACAGGAGAACCCAAGCCAGAAGUUACGUGGUGGUUUGAAGGAGAACUACUGCAGGAUGGAGAAGACUAUCAGUACAUCGAAAGAGGAGAAACUUACUGCCUGUAUUUACCAGAAACUUUUCCCGAAGAUGGAGGAGAAUAUAUGUGUAAAGCAGUCAACAGUAAAGGCUCAGCAGCGAGUACCUGUAUUCUUACCAUUGAAAGUAAGAACUAAAUGGCUUUUGAUCCUUUGUUUUAUUAUGAAAUAAAUAGGAAAAAAUUAUCAUUCUUCUUCUUCUUCUUUUUUUAGUGGAUGACUACUAGGCUUCCUUCUUUACUUGGACCUCACUCUCUCUCCAACUCUCUUGAUACAUCUCUGAGGAGGGGCCAAAAAGGAGACCAGAGGUGCCACUCUGUUGACUUAAUCUUUUCCCACAUCUUCCAAAUAGCUCAUCUAAAGAACACCAUUUCCAAUGCCUAUCAGUUUUAUUACCAUGCUGUGCAAAGUCAAAAUGCAGCUGACAGAAAAGGGGAAUAAAUGUACACAUCCUGCCAUAACCUAAAACAAAAGCUUUAUAUUUUCCCUAUUUAUAGCAUAGUUUGCAUGAAUAGAUUUUAUAACUAGCCACUGAUUGACAAUUAAAGUGGAAUGAUUAGUAGAUUUGAAAAAUGUGAUUCAUUUUGAUUUAAAUUUCUAGCUUUAAAAAUAAGUUUGUAAAUGUCAAGUGUUGUGUUGCAGGCCUUAAUCCCAGCACACGGGAGGGAGCAAGGUCUACAGGACAGCUAGAAUUACAUAGUUGAGACCCUGUUACCCUAGUUCCUAUAACAACACAUGUCUGUAAAUAAAAGCCUAUUAUGUUCUAAUAUUGGGUGGUUUUAUAUUUAAUUUUCUGGAAAACGUGUUGUGAAACCAUAAUAAAGUUACCUGUGCAUUAAAAA